AUGAACUCGUUCUACUACGACAGCGUCCUUGACGCCUUCAAGAAGCCCGAUGUUGGAAUCCCUCCCAUCCCUCCUCACCUUGAGCACCCCAUCGUCUCCACUCAGUGGGGUCACACUUACCUCUGGGCCGUCUUCUUCGUCAUGGCCGGCUUCUCCGUUCUCUUCUUCAUCUCGUCCCAGCGCGCCUCGUACCGAUACCGUCUUAUGCACACCACUACUUUCUUCAUCACUGCUAUUGCCUCUCUCUCUUACUUUGCCAUGGCUACUGGCGUCGGAAAGACUUACACCACUAUUGGCGAGGGUCACCACGCUCCCCGCGAAUUCUUCUACGCUCGAUAUCUCGACUGGGCUCUUACCACCCCUCUCCUCCUCUUCGACCUUACUCUUCUUGCUGGCCUCCCCGUUGCUGAGAUCAUCGUCCUUGUCCUCGCCGACGAGGUCAUGAUCGUCACUGGUGUCAUUGCUGGUGUUCACCCUACCAAGACAGGCAAGUGGGGCUUCUUCACCUUCUCUUGCGUCGCCUUAGCCUGGAUUCUCCUUCAGCUCGUCACCUCGGGCCGAUCCACCGCUUUCCUUCGCAGCCCCAAGGUCGGUGGUCUCUACAACCAGAUCUCCUUCACCCUUGUUGUUGUCUGGACCCUCUACCCCGUUGCUUUCGCACUUUGCGAGGGAACUGGCAAGCUCAACCCUGACAAAGAAAUCCUCUUCUUUGCCAUCCUCGAUGUCAUCGCCAAGCCUAUCUGGGGUGCUUGGUUGCUCCUCGCCACUCCUGAUGAGGGACAUGUUCUCGUUCCUGAGAGCCUCUGCGUUCCUGCUGGUUCGCCUGCUUCGGGUGGAUACGGUGCUAUCUCUCAGGAACCCCGUGCUGAGGAUGCCUAA